GAAAGGAAGAAGACCACUGGAGGUGGGCUAGCUGUCAUCAUCGUUUUUACCUGCGACUCGCAUUUGCGACGGUGGCCGAUUUUAAAUACGCGUAGUAAUUCUGCGCCCGCAAAAAGCAAACAAAUCGCCGCGCCAGCUGGACACCUUAUCACCGAAGCCGGAAGUCCGUAAACCCUACACCCGAUGGCGGAUAAAAAACGCUCCAAGAAGCGCAAAGAUGAAUACACCGGCCCGGGCGAGCAGGAGAUCGAGAAGGCCACCAAGGACGAGCUGAAGGUGGCCAAGUGGCUCAAAUCGAACGUCCCGACGAAGAAGACCAAGUUUCUGAAUCACAACGUGGAGUACUUUUCGGCGGUGCGCGCCAUCGACGCGCUGCUCGCGUCCAAGUUUGCCCAAGGCGACAACUGUCUGUUUCCGCACCGGCAGGCCGUAAUCGACUUUAUGGACGAAAUGCUGCACCACAAGCUGUUUCACCGGGCACGGAAGGUCGCGGUGAGUGAGCAGGAGUUGCGCGGCAAGAGCAAGAAGGGCAGCGAGAAGGAAAAGGACCAGCCGAAGGGCGCUAAGGACGACAAGACGACGGACGGGGGCGAGAGUAGCCAUGCCGAGGGCAAGGGAGGUGCCGCCGCCGACAAGGACAAGGAGAAACGCAAGCGCAAGAUCCGGCUCGAGAUGCACCCGGAGCAGCUGUUUGUGGACGGACACGAGGCGUACGUUUGGCUCUACGACCCGAUCCCGAUGCACUACUGGAUCUUUGGGGCGUUGCUCGUGGUCGGUGCCAUCGUGAUCUGUCUGUUUCCGCUGUGGCCACCGCUGCUGCGGAAGGGAGUCUACUAUCUCAGUAUAGCGGCCGCCGGCUUCCUGGUGUUUAUCCUCGGGUUGGCCGUGCUGCGGUUCGUCAUCUUCUGUCUGGUUUGGAUCGUGACCGGUGGCAAGCAUCACUUCUGGCUGCUGCCGAAUUUGACCGAGGACGUGGGCUUCUUCGCCUCGUUCUGGCCGUUGUAUGAUCACGAAUACAAGGACGGCAGCACGGACAAGGACAAGGGCAAGAAGAAGAAAAAGCAAAAGCGCGACAAGGACAGCGACGCCGAGGACGAGGGCGCGACGACGAACGUUCCGGCCAAGAUUGACGAGGGCAAAGAGGAAGACAAGGCCAAGAUCGCCGCCGACGCGGAAAGCAAGCUGCGCAACCGACGAACGGGCAAGGGAAAGGUCGAGGAACCGGCCAGCGAUGAGCAGGAGGAGGAAGACGACGAGAACGACAAAAAUACCCCCUCGGAGAGCGAGUCGGAGGGAUCCCAGCGGUCGUCAACAGGAAAAGAUUUCGAGAUCUUGGAGCACGAUGAGGUGGAAAACUCGUCGUAAAGUGACGACGAUCAGAAAGUUGUAUACAACAAUAAACACACAGAUUAAAAAGCAAACAUUUAUAAACUGCACACAAUAGGUGAACAUGAAAAGCAAAUCUGAAUGCUGUAAACAGUUUUUCACCUAGCCACUAUUUUUUCUUCGUAUUUUAUAAUUUAUUUGUAUUGUUUAUUUAGCUGCAACAAAUUGAUAACAAAUAAAAAAUUAAAAUACUAUAUUUUCUGUUUUAUUUAUUAAGUUUAUUACAAAACGGCUAUCAAUCAGAGCAGACCUACAGCUAUUAGAUUAGAAGGUUCCAUUGAAGUAUCGUACAUCAACAAACCUAUUAGCCAAUAUAGACUCAAACAAGCUUCUGAACAUCUAAACAGAAAAAUACAAACAAUUGUGCAUGCAAUCCUGGAUCACAUCAAUAACAGAGCAAAUAACUAUAAACUUUGAUAAACCUAGUACACUCAAACCCCGAUGGUUUGACACCAACUGUUGUCAAACGAACGGGGUCACUUUUUAGUUUGACACCCCUUUUACACGGAGUUCACACACACUACCAAACGUUUGUUUAGAUAGUGUGCGUGAGCGCCGUGUAAAAAGUGACAGUUCGUCACUUUUUAGUUUGACAUUGACCAACCAACGGGGUACAAACUAAAAAAGUGUCAAACGAAAAAGUGACCAACCACCGGGGGUUGAGUGUAACUGUGAAACCACUUUGGACUUCGAACAUUAAAAAAAGCAAACCACAUAAAUAAAAUCUAAACGUUGAACUAAGCAAAAAGAUUGUACAUUUGAAGAACAGAUGUUAACAUAUUUAGCAGAAAACUGUAAGCAAAUUGCAUUAAACGAAACCGAUUCCUGCAAAUAGAUAAAUUUUAGGUGAACCUCUACAAAAAAAGAAACAAUUAAAAAACAAACAAAGGUUAAAUUCCAUCCUUCAUUCAUGUUGGGACUAUUUUAUCCGGAAUGGUUCAAGUAUGAGGGAAAGGGGAAAAGAUUUCGAAAGAGAGAGAGAGGGGCGUUAAUGAAUACAAAACGGACAGCAAUGAGUUUAUACAUCCUUCCUUGGUAGAAGGAAGCAUUUUUGUCUCAAUUGGGUACAAGAACAAUAAAGAUCUUGUAGUUGGAAGUUGAUAUAUACUUAAAUAA